GUGUACGUGUACGUGUGCUGUAUAUAUGUAGAAAUUGCGCUUGUAUGCGCGCUGCAAGUGUAUAUGUGUGUCUGUGUGCAGUGUAUGUGUGUGUAAGUGAAACGUAUAAAUAAAAUUCAGCCAAAUGCAGAAACCAACAACAAAAUGGAUAACAAAACUACACAGUUGGAUUUUAAAUUACUGGUGGAUCAGUCAGUGAAUCUACUGGACAGUCUGAACGCAGCGUCGCGGUGCGAUGCAAUUAAGUUUCUGCUGCAAACGCUUAAGUGCAAAUAUCCAGAGACCUGCGACAGAGUCGUCAGGAGUCUGUACGUUAACAGUAGUCACAACAAGCCGACGACUGACAAUGGCGCCGGUGCGGAGAUGGAGGUGGAUGAGGAGCAGAAGGAGAAGGUCGGUGUGCAGCUAGCGAAGAGCGAACAGUUGCAGCUGCUGCUUGCUGCCACCGCCAUGAAGAAGGAGAAGACGGAACCGGGCACUGGAAUCGGGGUUGUGAAAAUCAAGCUAGAGAACGAGGAUGAAGCAUCCGCGAUCGAUUUAAAUCAAAACUUUGAGAAAAUUCUCUGCAAGGAGGAGUUUAUGUGCCUCGACGAGGAGGAUGAUUUCGUCGAUAAUGAUGUGGCCGAUGCUGAUGCUGAUGACGAUGCCGACGCGGAUGUCGACACCGAAGAGAACUCAUCUUCCAUUGGUAAACAUGGACUGCAUCACUAUCAUCGCAACAACAAUGUGAAUGCCGGAAUUGACGGACGACGAGAUGCCGGCCAAGCUCUGCUAAACACCAGUGAUGAUCCACUCGAUCUGAUACACACGGUGAAGCGAAGUUAUGCGGCGACAUUCGCUGAUGAUGACGAAGACGACGAUGACGAGGAGGAGCACGAGCAGGCGGCGGAGCACGAGGCGGAUGAGCUGCUCUCGGUGCGACGUCAACAAAAGCUAGCGAAACGAAAGCGCAGCAACAACAGCAAUCACAUUAGCAACAGUAGCUGCAGCAGCAACAGCAGCAAUAUCAUCUCACCAUCUGUCCACCUGCUGUCCACACGUUCCACACGUCUUGGCGAUGGCUAUGUGUUCCACGAGGACAACCAAUACACUUUGCGCUAUCAUCACAGCAGCGGCGAGUUCAGCGAACGGGCAUUCAAGGCACAGUUUCGCCUGCUGUUGCGUCUGGCACUGAGUCAGCAUCACAAGCCGUUCCUUAAGCAGUUCUAUGAGAAUUUUGUGAUCACCGGCCGGUUGCUGGGCACCACGCCCUCGACACGGGUGCUAAAGGAGCUCCGCGAACAGCGCCUGGAUGAGUGGCGACGGCAACGUGAACGCAAACUGUUGGCGAAAACUGUUGCCGAGGCAGCUGCAGCUGCAGCAGCAGAGGAAGCGCAGCAGCAGCAGCAGCUGCUGGAGCUGGAAAAGCAAAAGCACAGCCAGCAUCAGCAGCAGCAGCAGCAGUUGGAACAGCAAUUGGAUGUGGCAGUGUCACCGUUGCAACUGCAGCCAGAUCACCAGCUGAGAUCCAUUUCGUUUGGUGACUCAGAGCUGGAGUCGGAAACGGAAUCGCAGCUAUCGUCAGCGGCGCAGGAGAUUAUGAAGUUUGAGGAGUUCAUUGAUGAUGGUGUAGGCGCAGGUCGUCUCAUCGAUGGGCUCGAAAUGGAGCCGGAAAUAGAUGAGAUGAUGCUGGCGGGUGCCGGUGGCAGCGGCGGCGACGUCGGUGACGGCGCCGGCAGUGGAUUGGGCAGCGUAACGGGCACCUGCAGCGGCAGCGGGAACAGCAAUAGCAACAGCAGCGCCGUUCAUGACAACGGCAUCGCCUCCCUCCUCAUGGACACCAGCCAUGGGCAGCAGCUUCAUUCGCACCAUCUCAGCAACAGCAGCAGUAGUGGUGGAAAUCUUGUGAUCAAUGGCCUUACGUCAAGCAAUAUGCACAGCAACAACAUUAAUUGUAACAAGAGCAACAAUGCGCUCAAUCCACAGCAGCAACUGGCGCCUGACCAUCCCUCGAAGCAGUCCGGGCCGCAUACGGAUCGGGAUCGGGAACGGGAUCAUCAGGCGCAGAUGCAGCCGCAAUCGCAACAAUUAUCGAUGCCACCAAUGAGGAGCGGAUAUGGCAUCGAUGGCGUUGCGAUGUCGGCGACAACACAGCUGAUGGCUGGCACUGAGAUUCAGCUGCAGAACGAAUCGCAGAACCAGACUCAGAAUCAGAACCAGAAUCAUUAUAAUUCAAGCAAUAAUCCGCUCUCAAUGCCGCCCAUCAUUGAGCAAAUGAUGCAAAUGCAAAUGCAUCAGCAGCAGCAGCAGCAACAGAGCCCAUUUCCCCAGCAUCAGCAUGCCCAGCUGAUGAACAAUCGUCAGUCGCAUCUGCAUCCGCAUCCGCAUCCACAUCCACAUCCACAUCCACAUCCCCAGUCACAUCCACACUCGCAGUCGCAGCCAACGACGCAUUUGGGUGCAGCGGGGAGCAUCGGUGGAUCAUCGCAGCUGAACUCAUCGCUGGAGCUGGACGACAAUGAGUUGUCCGGCGAGGAGGAUGACGAUGACCUGGACAAUGAGAUUGACGAGCUGGAUGCGGCCAAGCAGCAGCUCAUCGAUGGCGGCAGCAGCAGCAGCACCUCCCUGCAAGCGCCACCCUCCCAGCUCGGCGGCAGCCAUACGCCCGGAGGCAGUAAAAAGGACAAGCCCAGCUAUAAUUGUCUGCUGUGCCCCAAGUCAUAUCGGAAGCGCAAAUCGCUGCUGGAUCACUAUAAGAUGCAUCCCGGCUACUGUCACGACUGUGGCCAGCCCAAUGGCAACACCCUGGAGGAGAUAAUUCAGCACAAUCGGACAAUGCAUGUGAAGGAGUUUCCGUUUGUGUGCGAGACCUGCGGCGAAUCCUAUUCGCGUCGACAGCAGUUCCAUGCCCAUGUGGAGUCGCACAAGAAGGAUUUCAAAAUCUUUCCGUGCGGCGAGUGCGGCCUGAAGUUGUCGCAGAAGAAGCUGCAGCAGCACUUUGAGGAGACCGGCCACAAGGCUGAUGGCGCCAUCUGCGAGGUUUGCGGCGCCGAGUUCCCCUCGAAGAAUGCCCUCUAUCAGCACAUCAUACGGGUGCACAAGCGUGACAAUUUCUUUGAGUGCCACAUUUGCCAGAAUCGUUUCACGCUCAAGGCCAAUCUGGAGCGGCAUGUGCAGCUGCACACAGAGGUGAAGCGCACGUAUGUGUGCGAUAUGUGCGGCUCCUCCUAUUUUACAUAUCCCGCACUCAAGGAGCACUACAGCAACGCCCACGUCGAUGUCUCCGAGUGCAAGUGCACCCUAUGUGGCAAGAGAUUUGGCUCGGCCAAGUCACUGCAACGCCAUUUGCCAUCGCACUCGGAGGAGCGGCCGCAUUGCUGCAAUCACUGCGAUCAGACUUUCAAGUGGAAGACGCAUUUGGUGCGUCACAAACAGACAAUGCAUGGGAAUCAGCCGCCGCCACCCAAAAAGGGCAAACAGCGUUUCCCCAAGGCCAACGAAGAGGAUAUGUUGCCACUGCCUGAUAUGCCAGGGCCGCCGCCGGUGAAGGCUAGCAAAAAGUCAGCGGUCAGCAAGGCAAAGUCACAAGCAGGUACGGCAGCUGCAGCCGCCACACAGCAGCAGCAACAGCAGCAACAACAGCAGCAGCAACAGCAGAUGCAGUCGGGCGUUGGGAAGGGUGGUAGUGUGGGUGCCACGCCAACACCGCCGCCACCAUUGUCGACGACGCCGGGCUGCUCGCAGCAGGAUCCGUUUAAUGCCGCCAUUGUGAGCAGCAACAGUUCGCAAUCAUCGACGGCAUCCACGUCACAGCACUCGGUCUCCACGAGCGAAUCUCAGCAGAAUUCCAUGUACAAUCAGAGCUUUAGUGCGGACAAGUUGCAACAGCAGCAGCAGCAGCCUCCGACGCAGCAACAACAGCAGCAGCAGCAGCAGCAAAAUGCGUUGCAUCAACAUCAGCAGCAGCAGCAGCAACAUGCGGCAGCAACGCCACCACCAACGCAACAGCAACAACAACAGCAAGCGUUGCCCACUGCACAGCAGCAACAGCAGCAGCCGCCGCAUCAUCGCCAUACGCCGCAUACGCCAAACAACAGCACGCCGGAACUGCAUCUGCAGCGGAUGAACAGCUUUGGUGGGCCGGAGAGCCAGUUUCACUUUGAGCCCACCGGCAAUCCAGCUGUCGGCUAUCAGCAGCAUCAGGUCUUGAAUCAGUAUCAACAGCAACAACAACAGCAGCAGCAGCAAGCGCAACAACCGCAACAACAACAGCAGCCGCCGCAGCCACAGCCACCGCAGCAGCAGCAACAGCAUAUGCGCAGCCACACGCCACAGAGUCCACAUCCGCAUCCACAUCCACAUGCGCAUGCACAUCCGCAUCAGGCACAGCAGUUGCAACAGCAGCAGCAACAGCAACACUUUAGCUCGCCGCAUCACAUGCCACCAAUGCAUCACCAGCAUCAGUUGCUGUUGCAGCAGCAUCGUCACAGUCAUUCGCCGCAGCAUCCGCAACACUCACGCUUGCAAUCUCCACAGCCACAGCCGUCGCCAUCGGCCGCUGCGUCAGCAACACAACAGCAAUUCUUGCAACAGCAGCAGCAACAACAACAACAGCAAGCGACUGACUCAUGGGGCAACAUGGGCUUUGGCGGGGCACCAAAUACGCAGCCGGUCGAGCUGAAGGACAACAAGUUCUACAUUGUUGACUCGACCGAGUUUCUCGGGCUUCCAAUGAACGUGGGCGCAACAGCGCCGCCCACUCAGCAGCAAGCCGCUGUUGUCGUCGGCAACAAGCCGCAGCAGCAGCAGCAACAGGCGCCACAAGAUCCCGCCUUAGCUGGCGAUCUAUUGGGCUUCCAGCACAUGUGGCCGCAGCAACAGCCGCAGCAACAGCAGCAACAACAGCAGCAGCAACAGCCGCCAACAGCAGCGCCGCAGGUGAAUCAAGUGGGGCCGGGAGAUCCACACAACUACAAUAAUAUUGGCAGCAUUCUGACGAAUCUCAUCGAUACGAAUCCCACGCCUUUGGAGUACAACUUUGAUUUAAUGCCACAAUCGCAGCAGCAGCAACAACAACCCCAGCAACAGCAGCAGCAACCACAGCAGUCGCAGCAACAGCAGGCGGCUCAACAACAUCACAAUGCUGGUGCUGCUUACGGUGCUGGUCUAAUGCGGCACGGAGUACCAGCGGGCAACGUUUACUACGAGCAGCAACAGCAUCACAAUCACAACCACAGUGCGCUGAGCGAGCAGCAGCAGCAGCAGCUAGUCAGCGAACAGCAGAAGCACAAUAGCUUCCAGCCAUAUCAUCCACAUGCGCAUCCACACCCGCAUCCACAUCCGCAUCCGCAUGGACUGCAACAGCAGCCGUUGCAUUCGUUGGCGGGCGCCACACACUUGUUGCCACCGCCACCGCCGCAUGGCAGCGUCUAUGAGCGUACAGCGCCACCAGUGGGUGUGGGUGUUGGAGUGGGUGUUGGUGGCUAUCCCAUGCUGGGCGAUGAUAGCAAGUCUGUGUUGCCGCCAAUCAAUGACUAUAUGCAUCAUAUGCAGCAACAGCAGCCCGAUCUAAUCUACUAUCCAGUGAAGAACGAUUGACAACCAAAGUAGCCGGCGCUGGGUGGUGCGCAAGGGCAACAGCAACAGCACCACCUGCAACAACAACAACAACACAACCAGCAUCAUCAUCAGCAGCAGCAGCAGCACCACCACCACCACCACAACCACUACGCGCAUAAUAAUCAUAAUCAUAAUCAUACGCGCUGGUGGCCAGCACCAGCAGCAAGUUUAGGCGCCAAGAGAGGCGAUGUUUUUCAUUGAAAAGCAUUCACAAAAAACGCAAAAAAAAAACAAAAAAGAAAAAAAAUUAUUAUAAAAGGAAAUUAUAUAAUACACAUUUUGUUUAGUCUGUUAAGUGUGGAGGAUAUCAGGAUGUCAGAAUUUCAGCAGCGAGAAAAGUGCUUGUGUAGAUAAGAAAACAAAGAGGAUAAGAUAGGGUUUUUACCAAUAAAAAAAAUUAAUAACAAAAUGUUAUGCAAAAUUCAUAGAGCAAUAACUUCUGAAGAUCUUGGGGGUUUCGAUGCUCAGUUUUAUCUACUCCGACCGAUCGCUAUGAUACACCUUGUAUACAUGCAAUAAACUGAAUUCAAACACUCA